AUGUGGUGGGGAGGAAGUACGGUUUCGAGGCCAAGCGUGACAAGUUAUUUGCGCCAGAUUCAUCGAUUUUUCUAUCGUAUUGUUGAUCUCUUGUUCUUUACGAAAUUGUUGAGAUGUCGUACUCGAGGAGAUCUAGGUACUCCCCUUCUCCUUCACCACCACACAAGCGCUAUGGCAGGUCUCUGUCAAGGUCCAGAUCAAGCUCAAGGAGUCGGAGCUAUGAUUAUGAGCCAAGUGACAUUGAAAACCCUGGAAACAAUUUGUAUAGGGAAAGGUGGAAGACGUUCACCUGGUGAUGGAUCCUUGGACUCGAGAAUCUCGUGGAUUUGGUGGAGAAGCAUAGCUUCUUGUUCAUCUUCUUCAUCAAAGUUCCAAACUAACAAGUCACAAGCAAAUGCCAGACUAUCAACCCAGAGGGCGAGAAGGCGGAGAGGCAGAACACCAACUCCAGGAAGGUAUCUUGGGCUAAGGAGUGCACGUCGGCGUCAUCGAUCCCCAACCUACUCUCCACCACGUUCGCGUAGGAGGAGGAGGAGCUAUUCUCCUGGUUUCUCGUCUGAUAGUGAUGGGAGUAGGAGCAGGAGGAGGUCAUAUUCACCAUAUUAUUACAGAAGGCGUGGGCGUGGAAGGUCCAGGUCCUACUCACAAGCUUCUAGAAGCAGCCCAGAAGAUGGUUACUACAGGAGGGGUAGGGGUAGGGGUAGGGGGAGUGAUCGUUAUAGGUCUUACAGCCCAGAUUAUGACAGGAGGUAUAGGAGCAGAUCAAGGGACUCUUCUUCACCCGAGUAUGAGUACAGCAGGAGGAGGAGUUAUCGGUGUAUAUCUCCUCGGAGUGUGUCUUCUUCCCCAACAACAAGGAGGAGUAGGAGGAGGAGGAGUUGCUCUUCUAGCAUGUCGCCGGUUAAGUCAAAGAGAAGCUAUUCAAGUGUUUCUGUGAGUAGUAGAUCUAGGAGCCCUGCUGCUGGCUAUUCCAUUUCCAGUAGGAGCAGCAGUCUCAGCUCUAGGUCCACUGCUUCUUCUGACUAUACAAAACAAAAUAAGAAUAUUCAUUAACUUUUUUCUCUAUGGACUCUGGCUAUGCAUGCUUAUUGAUUUACAACAUACAUGUACUGAUUGUCACUUUUAUUUCAAACAACUUUCUUUGCCUACCUACUUCUGUUUUGCUAAAUGUGUUUGAUUCAUUAAAUCAUCCACUUUUUGCCUUUGGAUGUGGUAGCAGAUUAGUGUAUGUUCCUGGUUGCUUUUGAGUUUUGACAAACCCUUCAUCGACCUUGAGGAACAAUAAUUUUCAUGUUUGUGCUUUAGCCCAUAAUAUAUAGCUCCCUUUUUCAGCUUGUAAUAAACUUUAUCUUCCUCACCAAAAAGUCUACAAUCCAUAUGGCCAUACCUCCACUUCUUGUUUAUGAAUCACAAAUGCCAUACUUCGCUCCGCAUGUAGGAAGGACAUUCGCUUUAAUACUUGAAAAACUCCCUUGUGUUGUGUAUAAUGUAUAUAACAGGGAAAAACAAUCCAAAGACCCGAUUUGAGUUUGACAAAAAAAAAGAAAAACAGAAGAAGAGUGGUUUGGACUUGGUUAGAUGAUGUAGUAAAAUAUGAUUAUACAAGCUGCCUGCUACAUCUUGUACAAGAGGAAUGAAACCCAUCACAAAUUUGUAUUAUUAUGAUCAACCACAAUACAAG